ACCUGACAGCUAGAUUCUACCAACUGCCAGCAAGAGUCUGCUGGGGCCAGGAAAUCUCUGCUGGGCCCGCACGGAGGGCAGAGGGACACUUGAUUGUAUUUGCAAGGGUGGCUCCAGUUCGAGUUCCUUGGGCUGGCUGCUUAGACUGCUAAUCAAAAUCGUUGGUGGGGAGAGGGGAGGAGGGGGAGGAGGAGGUUGGAGGCGUUUAAGGCAAGAAGAAGUCCUGCUUUGUCCGCAGAAGUUCGGUAGAACUUCUUCGGCUGCCUGUUUGUCUUUGCGAGAGAGUCAAUUGUCGACAGAACAGAUUUGAAUUUCGUUGAGAAAAAGGAAUAGGUAGUCGAAGAAAGCUGUAAUCGUCGUCGUGCUUGGACACCAUGGUAGUAAAAUGAUGAUGAUGAUGAUGAUGGCGACGAUGCCAUGGUGAUGGGAAUAUGGAAAUAACCUGUCUUUGGCCGGAAGGCCAAUCAGGUGCUGCCAUCUGUCACGUCGGUUUGUGAAACCCCCACCACAACCCCCCCCCUGAUGCGGGUAGCAGCAGCCAUAGCAGGAAGAAUCGUCAAAUGGAUGAGGACGACGAAUCGGGAUCGGCAGGAGGCUACGGUAGCUCUCUCUCUCUCGAUAUUUCCAACGAUCGGUACGGUCGGGACGAUGGAGAGAGGAAGCCUCUCUUAACCGACGGCAGCUCUCGAGCAUCUUUUGGCGCCAACAACCGUCACCCCCAGCAGGGGGUUCGGAUCAGCAAUCGGGGGGUUACCAAACCCGGUGGGGGGGGGCGGGGGGGUAAUAGUAGCAACGAAAUUCGGCCGGUUUUCAGGGGUAGCAAUGAUGGGUCGAGGACGGUAAAGAACGGAGCAGCAGGGAAGCAAGAGGCGGGAGAUCAAGUAAUAAUUGCCCCUGGACUUACAGUAGGAGGGAGGAGAACUGUGGGGGGUGGAGGGGGGGGCGGUAGUAAUAGCAGAGUUCAACUCGCCGCCACUAUGGGGGUCGAUAACAAGGUAGAAAGCGCGGGAACGAAGUGGUGGAGAGGAGGAUCGUGGCGGGACGUUUUGCUCGUUCCCCGCGUUAAUUGGCUCUUCGUGUUCAUUCUUGUCAGUUUCAUGCCGUUUUCCAAGCCCCUUAUAUUUGCCUGCAGUCUUUUGGGAAUCGCCCCCCUCGCUGAGCGUCUGGGCUUUGUGACCGAGCAACUCGCCGAGCACUCUAGCGAUACGAUCGGAGGGCUGUUGAACGCUACCUUCGGCAAUGCCACGGAGAUGAUAAUCUCGAUCUUUGCGCUGAAAAAAGGACUGCCACGUGUAGUUCAGCUGUCGCUGCUGGGGUCGAUCUUGUCGAACAUGAUGCUCGUUCUGGGGUGCGCCUUCUUUUUCGGCGGGGUAAAGAAGCAGGGCCCCCUUCCCUUCGUCAGAUCGAACGCACGGCUCGGGGCGAGCAUGAUGCUCAUGGCCAUGACCUCCAUCUCGGUGACGACGGUCCUGCACUACACGGCCACGGAGCGACGUGGAAGUCACUCCACCCUCGAUCUGUCUAGGGCAUGCAGUCUUGUUAUGCUGCUGACGUACUUUGCAUACAUCACGUUCUUGCUCAGGAACGAAUUGCCCAAAAUGACCGAAGAGAGGGACUGCGGCGGAAGCGCAGGAGAGGAGAAGGAGGGGAAGGAGGAGGGGAAGGAGGGCAAGGAAGAGAACGAGGAGAAGGAGGAGAAUGAGAAGUAUACCCCGAGACCGCUGCUGGAGGUUUUGCGCAAGAAGAAAAAGAAGAUUCGAAAGAAGGGCAGGAGAGGCUCGAUAGGGUCGAUUAAAGAAGCGAGAGUCGUUUGUAGCGCGUUGGAUCGCGCCAAAGAGCAGGAGAUGGUACCCUUUGUCGGGGCAGGAACAGGGUCUUUAGACAGCGAGGAUGAAGAGAUGGGUAUGGGUAGGUGUGCUCCGUCUUCCAGAGACGGGGAAGCGUCAGUAACGUCGUCGCCAGACGGUCCCCUGCUUGGCAUCGUGGACUCGCUCCUGUGGAUGACCGUAAUCACCGUGUUGAUUGCGCUGUUAUCCGAGCGGUUGGUGGAUGCAAUAGAAGGGACGUCCAGAGCAUGGCAGGUUCCCAUCGCGUUCAUUAGCGUGAUUAUACUGCCGAUCGUCGGGAAUGCAGCGGAGCAUGCAAGCGCUGUCAUGUUUGCGCUGAAUGAGAAACUGGAUCUGUCCAUUUCCGUGGCGCUCGGGUCCUCCGUUCAGAUCGCCAUCUUCGUGAUCCCCUUCUGCGUAGUUGUGGGUUGGAUUAUGGGCGUGCCGAUGGAUCUGAAUUUCCAGUUGUUUGAGACAUCGACGCUCGUGCUGUGCGUCUUGAUGGUCUCUUAUAUUCUUCAGGAAGGCAAGGCCGACUGGCUAAGAGGCCUAGUCUUGUUGAUGUGCUAUGCGAUCGCAGGUGCAAGCUUCUACCAACACAACGAACUUGCGCCGAAGCAAGAGAUGAGUCUCAAAGGAACAGGCACUUCCGGAGGGGCAGUUUAGAGAGAGAGAGAGAGAGAGAGAGAGAGAGAGAGAGAGAGAGAGAGAGGCGUCUGUCUGAUCUCAGUGAUGUCUGUUUGUGUGUGAGUAAAAGACAUGCGGGGAC